UGCCGGACAACGCGGCGGACGCGGCGGGACAGCGCCGCGGCCAUGGCCUCCAAGGGGAGCAAGAAGAAGGAUCUCGGCGGCCCUACCAGCGGCUCCCCCAAACAGGCACCUGCAUCUUCCCAGGUAGGUGCUUCAAACAAGAAGUGGGCAUUUCCUAUUUGGCCAGAAUGGAAUGAUGCAGAUAUCAAUGCAGAAAAAUGGGAUCCUGGGAAACCUGGAAAAGAAAAAGCUGGAAAAGGUCAAAUUUCACAGUUCUUUGAUGAUCCUGAAGGGAAAAUAAAGUUGCCAGCAUCCUUAAAAGUACAUUCAUGGAAACGUCCACAAGAGUUUAUAACAAAACAGGUUCCUGUUGUUGUCCAAAAUGAAACUUCAUUUGACCUUGUUUCAGCAAAUGAGCAUAUAUUUUGUAGUGAGCUGAUGAGGUGGAUUGUAAGUGAGAUUUAUGCUGUCUGGAGGAUAUAUAAUGAAAAGUCUUUAACUAGUGAAAUACCCACACUUUUUUGGAAACCAUGGGAACAUAUUUAUGCUUUAUGUAAAGCUACGAAGGAACACAUGCCACUGUACAAUAAAUUCGGAAAAUAUGUAUUGAAACUUUACUGGAUGGGGUGCUGGAGAAAGAUCAUUGUGGAUGACACUAUGCCUUUCAGUGAAGAGGAGAAUUUGCUAUUACCAGCUACAGCCUGUCAAAAUGAACUUUGGCCAAUGUUGCUGUCCAAAGCUCUCAUUAAGGUAGCAAACACUAGUAUACAUGAAACUGGAAAAAGAGAGCUGGAGGAAUUUACAGUUCUGCAUACACUGACUGGAUGGAUACCAGAAGUUAUUCCUCUUCAGUCUGAAUACUUGGACAAAGUUUGGGACUUUUUGAAAGAGAUUGUGCCAGAAUUCAAGUUGCCUGAUGAGAAGACUCCAGAACUUGAUACUACUCAGUUAGACACAAAACCUGAAGAGACCAAAGACUCAGAGUUAAAAAAUGAAGUUUCACCUGUGAAUAAGCAGUCAGAAUCACCUGAGAAAGUAGAGACAUCUGAUAACAUUGGCAAAGAAAAAACAGAGCAGAAAAAAGUAGUAAAGAGAAAAAGCAGAGGAGAAAAAGAAAAAAGCAAGGUAGCACCCCAGUCUUCAGAAACGGCAAAAUCCCAAAGCCUUGAUGCUUUGUCUGAAAAAUCUUCUGUACCAACCCAGCCAGAAAUGGUCGUGUAUGCUGGCUGUAUACCACUUCAUUUGUUUGAAGAGGAUCUUUUUUCAUUAAAGCAGAUGGCUGAUUCUUCAGAGAAGAUGAGGCAAUAUGGGCUUUCCCACAUACACAGCCAUCCUGUCCUCAUCACUAGAACUAGAUCCUGUCCUCUGGUAGCACCGCCACAAGAAUCACCAGUUCCUUGUUGGAAGCUUUUCCGUCAGAAAAAUAAAAUUUUUGUGACAUCUGAACCCAAAGAGCCUGAAGUAAAAACACCUGAAGAACAUGUUGAGAUUGCUAGCCUAUUUUUGAAUUACAAAUUGAAUUUGAUCAGAAUGCCAACAGACACCCACUUUCCACAGUCUACCAUCACAAAAGGAUUUCUUUCUCUAUCCCAUCUCGCUUCUGUUACUGAAAGUGAUGAAAAUGAAGGUGACAGUAAUGUGGAUAUGAAUCGAAAUGGAAGACACUCAAAUGCAGAAGAUUGUUCUCAGGAGACCACUUCCUUUGGCCAGCAAAAUGCAGAGAUACCCGGUAAAGAAGAAUUACGUAAGAAUAUCGGUUUUGCUGCAAAACAAGUGUCAGAAACAGCUGAUACUGAUAUGAAGAACCAGAUAGGAGAUAAAUCAAAGGAAGAAACAGAGUCAGAAAAGACUUCUGUUUCCAGGGAAACCUGGAUUAGCUUUGAAGACUUCUGUGUUUGUUUCCAGAACCUGUAUGUUUUCCACAAGCCACAUACAUAUGCUUAUAAUUAUCAGAAGACAGAUUUUAAGUUUACUAAUGACCAAGUCAUCUAUUAUUUACUUGUGGACAGUCUGAUGCCCAUUGAAAUCAUAGUCAGCUUUUCUGCUUUAGUGCACUGGGAUGAUACUGAAGGAACUAAAGAAGAAUGUUCUAGUAUUUCAAAGGGUGUGCUGACGAUUGAACGUUUCUCUUGGAAAUCUGUGACUCCUGGAGAACUUGUGUUAAAGAUGCAUACAUCUGCAACCAAAGCCACUGUGUUAAAUCUUCCCGCUGGGAAACACAUAUUACUCUUCACAGUAAGUUCUCCCAUAGGGCACCAUAUUCAUCUGUGUACCAUGGUGCCAUGUGUCUUUGGAGAAGAGGAUGAUGUGAUGCCAGCUCUUGAAAAGGAGAGCUCUCGGUUUACAGAACAGGCUACCACUAUCCUGAAAGCUGUUGGAAAUGUGAUAAAUAAUUACAGCAGUAAGGAUGAGCUUUCUAAAGCCUUGAAGGAGUUGGAACUAACUCUCUGUCCUCCUGGCAUCCAUGGUACUGGAAUGGCUGAAGAACUCUACAAGGUUUUCAAUAUUGCAUUCUGGUGUUUGAUCAAUUAUGUAAUAGACGAGAAGACUCCUUACAGAUAUAAGCUUGCCUUCAGGUCUUUCACUUUGGAUUUUGAAGACUUUAAGAUUUCUGGGGAUGACCCUGUAUUUUCAGAGAGCAGUGAGCAGAAUCUCGGUAGUUGGCAGGACCGAACUCCCACAUCUGAAGAACAAGCAGCAGCUCUCAAAAUUCAAGCCGUCUGGAGAGGGUCCUAUGUUAGGACAGUACUGAAGAGCAGAAUACCAGGUACUAGAGAAAAUGCUAAUGUUGAAGAAACCUUGAAAACAUUGUGGACUAUGAUUGAAUUAAAUUUUGAAGAGUGUGCUGUAAUGUUGUUAAGAGAAAUAUUUAUUGUUCCAGAAGACAUGCUUAUAGUGACAAAGGUGUAUACCACUAUCCCUUCUUGUAGACUGCAUGUUGUUGAUAAUGACACACUGGAGGAAAUGCCACAUGUCUUUUUCGAAGUGGCACCUCAUGUUUAUCCCAAAAAUAAGAAAGGAUACACUUUUGUGGCUGAAGCACAUACUGGUGACCUACCUGUGGCAGCUGGAAAAUGGAAGCUCAGGCUCAUCAGUUCUCAUAGUCCACUUCCAUUUCCCUCUCGUGAGACUGUAAAAAAUGUGUAUUCUACUAGACUAUUUAAAGGGCAUUACAUACCCAACAAAGAGCAUAUAAUGUUUAGGUAUUCAGUAAAAGUCAAAGCACCACAUACUGCUACAGUGCAGGUACAAACCUCUAAAUCAGAUGUGUUCAUUAAACUACAAGUCCUAGAUAACGAGGAAGAAAUUAUAAGUGUCACUGGAAAGGGCCAUGCAGUCAUCCCUGUUUUUAAUUUCCUGAGUAAUGGAUCACUUUUGAGCUCCCACUCAAAAACCCCAGAGAUUAUUCAAAGUAGUACAAAGAAGGAAUCAGAAACUGGACAGUUAAAAAAAACAACUCAUGAUUCAUUUUCAAAGGACAGCAAAACUUCUUUGAAGCCAGAACUUGUACAAGAAGAUCCACCUACGUUAAUAGAUGAAUCUUUGCCCUUGGAAAACUUGCGAAAUAUUGUUGAAAGUCCACAACAAUCUCACAACUAUAUGAUUCAGGCACUAGUGUUAUAUGAAAGUUGGCCACUUGCUGAGAAUCACACUCUCUCUGUUCAGGAACUGGAAGAAGAGGAGAAAGAUGAAAUCAAAGGUCAAGAGUUUGCAAAUAUUCCUAGAUCAACCAGAAAACAAAGAUCAUCUGAGAAGAUAGAAAAAGAGAAGUCCCAAAGAGGAUCAGUUGAAUUUCAGCAAUCAACUUCGAGCAAACCGUACUGGACUUUACGUGUAGUUAGUGAACAGAAAGAGAUAGACCAUCUGGAGAUGAAGAAAGACACCCAGAAAGCAGAUGAGAUCAGAGCCAUAAAACAAGCAUGGGAGUCUGCAGAGCCAGGAAGAGCUGUCAAGGCUUUUCAGGAACGUGUGCGUUUUAUUAAUAAGUGUGCUGCGAGAGAUUCAGAGGAGGCCAUAACUGGGACUGAGACCGCCAGUGUGACACCUAGUUCAGGAGAAAUAGGAAAGAAAGCCUCACAAGCAGCUAUUGACUCAAGAUUACAAAGGCAGAAAAAAAAAUGGGAGCUUAUAGACCUUAGUCCUUACAUGAGAAAAACAAGGUCUGAAUCUGUGCUGAGAAAUGAGUCUAUUAUUCAACAGCAACAGAUACGUAAAGAGGAAAAAAUUAACCAUUUCAGGGAACUUCAGGAGUUGGUUUUGGAGCAAAGACAAAAAGAAGAAAAUGACAGAGCUUUAUUGAAGCAAAAUAUACUUGAAAUGUAUGAGAAUCUGCAGGCAUCCUUAGAUGAAACACGAGUCAGAGUUCACAGCAUUCGGGAAGCAUACAGAAGUAAUCUGCUAGAGGCUGAGCUCAGAAAACAGGAAGAACUGGCAGCUCAGGAAGCAGCCUUAAAAGCAGAGAAAAAGAAGAAAAGCACAGACAAAAUCAAGCCCAGUAAAGGUUCAGGGAAAAAAAAGUAGUUGCUUUUGCAACUAGUGAGUUGCAUUUAACAGCAUGGGAAAGAAAGUUGAUAUGCAAAGAUGAGAAAGAAUAUUUGUUAUUUUGCGGUAUAGUUGGCAACUAUAUCACAUUUUAUCUCUUUGUCUGUUGCUGGUGAAAAAAAAUGACCAGGUAUUCUUUUUAACAAGGUGUUUGCUAUUUUGCUUUUCAUAAAGCUACUCAAUACUAUUAAAGUUUGUGUGUUUUACUAGAAUAACUUUUGCAAUAAAAUUUGUAUUUCAUUUAGACUA